CUCAGUGUGAAAACAACGUGCUAAAUCCAGAUAACGAUCCCGUGUGAACGUGCUUCGAGCGACGUACGCGCGGUCUCUGUUGACAAAAACAGUAACCAUUUCGUAAUCUUGCGAAUCUAUCGCGUCUAGGACACACUAGUGCAACGUGCUUUUGUUGGUGAUAAACUAUUUUGUGCUACAAUAUGUUGGACAAGUCGAUUUUUGGCGGUAGUUGGGAGAGCGUGGUGUCGAGAGACGACUACGAGAUAGACUACAGCCCAAGUCCAAGAGGGUCUCCAUUGAAAGACACGUCCAACAUUCAAGAGGAAAGCUCCUACUGCAUCAGCCGUCAUAAUCCAAAUAAGACUUUCCGUCGUGAAUCAGUUAUCGCCUCAUGGAAGAGUUUGAAGAAAGAGAGGGAGCAAGCUUUAGGCAAACGAAUCAUUUAUAUUGACGCUGACAAUUACGAAGACUAUUAUGGCAGGAACAAGGUUAAACGUUGCAAAAGCGACAGGAGUGCUAACAUUCCGCGUAACCGAAAGGUGAAGCGAACAUACUCAGUCCUUUACAGAUAUGAUCCAACAGAAGAAAAGGUGAUCAAGGAAUACAAAUACCAAAUUCCUAAGGAGUCCGAUACACCAAUCUACUCAAGUUUGCAGAAGUCUUACUCGGAGCCAUUCCUCAGGCCGGAAAGGAUGCCGAAGAAGAAAGUGAAAAGGUCUUUCACCACCCUUUUGAAUAUAAAGACCAAAUUCCUCAACAUAUUCUCGUCAAAGAGCUAAACAAUAGUUGUAUAAGUUUUGGUUUAAGUUGCUCAAUUAAUUGCAUUUCCUUAACUGUAGAUAAUGCUCAUUGGUGUAUUGAAGACGUAUCGUCUUUAGUGAUAAAAAGCCAAAGUAUUAUUACAUAUUGAAAUAUAGUUUUAAUAAUAAUAAUAAUUGGACAAUUAAUUACAAGAAAACAAUUAGUAAGAUCAUUACGAGGUUCGCUACUACAGACAGUAAGACUACCUUUCACGAUUACAACGCAAUAGAACGAUAUUACUUCGGGCUUAUCACAAACAAACUCCUAUUUGAAUUGCGUAUCGAAUAGUUCUAUAAACAGAUAAUUCGUACAACUGUUUGUU